UAACGCUAUGAGAGAAUAUAAAUAUUCCUACAAAUCAACUAUUUUUUCUCGGCACAGGCAAAAUAAUGGUGGUGUCUAGGCGAUUUGCUCAAGUCUCGAGCGACGAAGAAGACGAUGUCCCUGCGACGAGGGCCAAGGUGCGGAACUCGAGGAGCCCCGAGGAAGCAACAGAGGGGAAGCGGAGGAAGCGUAAGACGGUGAAGCUGUACGAAGAUUUCGAAGACGACGUGGCUCAGGAGGAAGAAGAAGAAGAAGAGGAGAGGCCCGAAGACGCGAAUCCGGUUGGUGAAUCGCUUAAGGUUACGGGUAAAGGCAAAGGGCGAAGAACCCAUUUCGAGCAAUUCGAGUAUGACGGCAACAGAUACAAACUGGAGGAUCCGGUGCUGUUGGUUCCAGAAGACAAAAGUCAAAAGCCAUAUGUUGCCAUUAUCAAGGAUAUUACUCAAACAAAAGAUGGGAGCAUGAUGAUUCUGGGACAGUGGUUUUACCGUCCAGAAGAAGCAGAGAAAAAAGGCGGCGGAAACUGGCAAUCAAGCGACACAAGAGAACUCUUCUACAGUUUCCAUCGUGACGAGGUGCCAGCAGAAUCCGUAAUGCACAGAUGCGUGGUCUACUUUGUCCCAGCCCACAAGCAACUUCCCAAACGCAAAGUGAACCCUGGUUUCAUCGUACGGAAGGUGUACGAUACCGUUGAGAAGAAGCUCUGGAAGCUGACUGAUAAAGACUACGAAGACACGAAACAACAUGAGAUCGACCUCCUUGUCGAAAAAUCGAUGGCGCGGCUGGGUGAUCUUCCUGACCUUGAACCUGAGGAAGUCCAUGCUGAUCUAGAGAAUCUCUUGAAGGCUAAAAGAUCUUUCCGGAAAGCGAACUUAGCUCCUGUUGAUGUCAGAAAGGAGGAAGAUGCCUGUUUAAAGCCUGAGACCCCUGGAAGCACUGCUAUUUCAUCAGAGUAUCAUUCUAUCUUACACAAGUUUGAUUCACUAACUGGUGAUGCUCAUCGUGACAAGUGGUUAGCCAAACUUCUCGAAGCUGUUCAGAACAUAUGCUAUACCGCUGAACCAAAGGUGGCUUCAGAUGGUUCCCAGCUUGAACAGGCUGAUAAUGGAUCUAAUACAAAUCUGUCAAAGGAUGAGAGUUUUCUCUGGCCAGAUGUUGCUGUUCCUCCGGUGUGUGCUCUUGAGCUGGCGUUACAUGCUUCUCUUGCAUCGGAUUAUGUUAAAUAUAAUCAAAAGAUGAGAACAUUGGUUUUCAAUCUCAAGAACACUGCAUUGCUGGCUAGACGAUUGCUCAAUGGCGAGUUAGAACCUGCAAAGAUUUUGAACAUGUCACCCGCUGAGUUAAAGGAGGGUCUAACUGCUGAGGAAACAGAGAAGAAGGAGCCUGAUGAUGCUGAACGAAUGCAGAUGACUGAUGCAAGAUGCUCGAGAUGCAGUGAAAUCAAAGUUGGUCUGAGGGAUAUCAUCCAAGCCGGGCAUGGAGAUCGCUACGAGCUGGAGUGUAUUGCAUGUGGGCACUCAUGGUACGCCUCGAGGGAUGAGGUAUCAACUCUGACUAUUGAAACUGCAAAACCUGCACGAGGCACAGUGAGUGAGGAGGUAGAGAAGAAUUUGACCAGUCCUCGUGAAGGUGAGAAGAGAGCGACAGAAGAGUCCUUGAAGACAACCAAUGGCUCCUGUGUUGACAACAACCCUGAAGCCACCAAGAAACCAGAGUAAAAUAAUAUGUUUAUGGUUUGGGGUAUAAAUUGAAAUUGGUUUCGUUAUAACUAUGAAUAUGAUUAACCGUAUACUGUAGUUAAGUUGGGAAAAGCUUAUGUAUUAUAAUAAAUCUAAAACUUUGGGUUUACAAUCGUCUCUAUGUUUAUCAACCAUACACAAUCCUGUGGAGGGAAGUGUC